CUUCCGCUUCCGGGUAGACUCUCAGUCAGCCCUCUCUAAAAUGGAUGUGAUGGGCUGUUGAUUAUGUUGUAGCUCACACGUGUUAGAUUACUUGUGGAUAUUUUACCAGAGAGCUCAUUUGCAUCUGCGUUUGAACUGAAGCGCGGUUUGAGUGGUGUUCGGUUGACGGAGGGAUCAUUUUGUGUCUGUUUACGAGUCAUAGGACACGUUAAUAAGUCCAGCAGCAUCUCUUGUGUUAGCAUUCGGUUAGCUAGCCGGCUAAAAGCACCGGGUAGCUCAAUAGCGCGCGCUGCUGUAGCCAGAUUAGCUAGCAGCAAAGAUCAGAGGGAGAUGUGUGAAGGAUCCGGUUUACACGCAUAAACAACAAAACUCUCCUUUUUCACCCACUAAAGGUUUUUCUUAGGUUUUUUUAAGCUCAGUCGAAGGUUACAGGACAACAUGGGCGCGUAUCUGUCGAAACCCAAUACGGAAAAGAACACAGCCAACGGAGGGAACCAGAACCUGCGCUACGGGCUGGCGGCCAUGCAGGGAUGGCGUGUUUCAAUGGAGGACGCUCACAAUUGUAUCCCAGAGCUGGAUGAAGAGACGGCCAUGUUCGCCGUUUAUGAUGGACAUGGAGGUGAAGAAGUUGCUUUGUACUGCUCCAAAUAUUUACCAGACAUCAUAAAGCAGCAGAAAGCAUAUAAAGAUGGUAAACUGCAAAAGGCUCUGGAAGAUGCUUUCCUGGCUAUUGACAGCCAAAUCACCUCAGAAGAGGUAAUCAAAGAGCUUGUUCAGAUAGCUGGCCGUCCACAAGAGGAGGCAGCACCAGAAAAAGUAGCGGAUGAGGAUGAUGUGGACAAUGAGGAAACAGCUCUUCUGCAUGAAGAGGCCACAAUGACAAUUGAGGAGCUGCUUGUCCGCUAUGGGCAGAACCUGAAUAAAUCGGUCAAAAAGCUUGGACAGGAUGCCACCAAAGAGCUGGAAAACCGAGAUAAUGUCCACGCAGAUAAUAAAGGGAUCAACGGUGAGACAGAAUGUGGGGCAUCUGAAACUGACAGCAAUGGAAAAGCAAAGCUGGAAGAGACGGCUGGAGGCUCCAAAAUGAGGGCGUGCAGGAGAGCGACAGCCUCCUGUGGAGGGAGCUCUGCAGUCGGAGGCUCCUCUGACGGGGAGAAAGCCGGAGCCACAGCGGACGCAGGUCCUUCCUGUUCCUCCUCUGCAGCACCCACACCAGGAAGUGCCAAAUCAAAGUUCUUCGAGGACAGUGACGAGUCAGAAGAAGGGGAAGAUGAAGAAGAGGGCAGUGAUGAAGAGGAUGGCAGUGAGCAGGACGGUGGGGACAGCAGUGAAAAUGAAGAGGAUGACACAGAGGAGGAGGAGGAAGACACUGAUGAAGAAGAAGAAGAAGAAGAAAUGUGUUUGCCAGGGAUGGAUGGGAAAGAAGAGCCUGGUUCAGACAGCGGGACUACAGCUGUAGUGGCUCUGAUUCGUGGUAAACAGCUAAUAGUAGCCAAUGCUGGAGACUCGCGCUGUGUCGUCUCAGAGAGGGGCAAAGCAGUGGACAUGUCCUACGAUCACAAGCCAGAAGAUGAACUGGAGCUAGCCAGAAUAAAGAAUGCAGGAGGCAAAGUGACCAUGGACGGCCGUGUAAACGGAGGACUAAACCUUUCCAGGGCCAUUGGGGACCACUUUUACAAGAGGAAUAAGAACCUCCCACCUGAGGAACAGAUGAUUUCUGCUUUACCAGAUGUCAAAGUACUGACUCUCAAUGAAGAGCAUGAAUUCAUGGUGGUUGCUUGUGAUGGAAUCUGGAAUGUAAUGAGUAGCCAGGAGGUGGUGGAGUUUGUAAACGAGAGACUGAAAGCAGAAGGAAGCGAGACCAAGCCACUGUCUGCUGUUAUUGAAGAGCUGCUUGACCACUGCUUGGCACCAGACACAUCUGGCGAUGGCACAGGCUGUGACAACAUGACUUGUAUGAUUGUCAAGUUCAGACCCUUCAGUGGUACCAACACGGACGAGAACACAAAGAAACGCAAGCCCGAGGAGCAGGUGUCUGAGGAGAAUGGCAACGCCAACAAAAAAUCCAAAACGGAAUAGAGCUCCCAUCAGUGGUCUCUAUACACUCUUCUGAUGAAACAUAAACAGACACACAACUCUACUAGACUUUUUUUUAUGAAUGACAUCCCAGGAAAAUGUUUUAAUUUGAGAUAAUUUGAAGGUGCAAGAAAAUCGAACUGUACACCAGCCAUCUGUUUCCCAUUGUUUUGGAAAGAAUUUGUUUAGAGGCCCUCAGCAACCUGACCACAUGAGUGAGAGCAGCUGUCUCUCAAUGGACGGCACUCACAUCAAGUCAAAUUUGUGAACUUUUAUGUGCUCAUAUCCUUGUAUAUAAUUUUUUCCCAGGAACUUGUCAUCAUUUUCUUUCAUUGUAUUUGUGAUGCUCUGAACACCCAUGUAAUUGUAUUCAAAUACAUUUUUUGUAAAUUAUGUGAUUGAUGCAAUUGUUUUAAUUUUUUUGAGGUAGAAACAAGCAGAUAUUCAAGCCAUUUAAUUUCCCUGAUGAAGGAGAACGCAAAUCUAAAUUUGAAACGUUACUAUCAUUCCUUUGUUUUCAAUGUGUCAAAAAACUGUAUUUUACCCGUCUUCUUGAGGCUCCAAUUGUAUUGAGUGUAUUGUUUUUGUUGCUGAGCGGAUGUGCAACCUUCAUGCAAUGAACAAGAGUGACUUGAUGUCUGCAGAGGUUUAGUAGUGCGGCUGUAAGGUUGGAGCCCUCAGUGAGAGCUAGUCACCUGUGCGUAUGUCCUCUGUCUCAGCCAUGCAGCUCAAAUAAGGUUUCUAUACAAGGUAUUUUGGAAAAUAUAUUUUGGUACUUUUUAAGCAUCUUUGGGAAUUCUGAGACAACAGUAAACAUUGCUUAGGAUGAAAAUUUCCUGAAACAAUAAACAAGUGGAGGCAAACUA